UGCUAAGAGAAGGAAGCUUCUGAUUGAUUCAGGAUUGGGCGAGGAGAUGCUCAAGCUGGCAGCGGAGCAUGCGGGCGCCAUGCUGAGGUCUCAGUUUGCCUGCGAUGUCAUCUAUGAGCUUGCACGUGGAGGAGACUCGUCUCUCCUCGCCCUGCACUAUCCUACACUCCUCUCCGCCCUGCACUCAGGCAUCGCUGCUGAAGCCGCUGCUCCCCGCCCCCCUGCUGCUGCUGCUGCCAAUGGCGCUGCUGCUGGUGGUGAUGGUGCGGGCAAGAAGGACAAGUCAAAGAAGGGCAAGGAGAAGAGCGGCAAGGUGCAGAAAGCACAGGAGGGGGGUGAGGAGGAGGGGGCAGAGAAGGGGGGAGAGGAUGGGGAGCAGGCGGAGAAGCAGGGGGAGCAGCAGCCAAGCCAUGUGUUGGAGGAUUUCUUUGGCAGCAGAGUGCUGAGACGCCUGGUGGCAGAUGAGGAGCGCCAGGCCGCAGCAGCAGCUGCGACUGCAGCUGUGGCAGAAGGAGCAGCAGAAACUGCGAAGUCUGAAGAAGCGGCGGCUGCAGCAGCAGCAGCGUUGGAGGGGGAAGUUGAGCCUUUCUGUGCCGUGUUGUGGCGAGAGGCGCUGCGAGGGCGGUGCAGGGAGUGGGGCACAGGCCACAGUGCCAAGGUGGUGGCAGCUCUGGCGCAUGCCCCUCACAAGCCAACAAAAGAUGCCGCCCUGGCAGAGAUGGCAACGUUUCUCGGUCUGCCCGAGUUUGCUGCACUGAAACGAUUGGUGGAGAGCCCACCCUCCCACCAUCACCAGCAGUAGUAGCUGCAGCAGCAGCAGCAGCAGGAGGGAGCAUACUGAGUAAAAAGAGCACCUAUUGUAGAACCACCGGAAUUGCAGAAGCUUGGCCACCUUUCUAGAAAAGAACGCGCUGUAGUCAGGACGUGUGCUGCACUGUACGCAUUCCAAAAUGCUUGAAAUGUGUCGCACAUGCAUAUGCCACUCACCUGGACCUCCAACGUGUAGCUUGGCGACGAUAAUGCAAGGCAAGGCAAUGUGUUGCGCAGUGCACAGAUUGGACAGGAAGGUGUGCUGAGUGGAGCUUUGGGUUUAGGGUUUAUGGAUGCAAUUACCU